AUGUUCCUUCCACGAGAAAUCACGAGCACCUACAUAUUUCAAGAAAGACAGGCGGAAAACAUUAUAGAUGACUUUGGCAUGAAUUAUGAGACAAAGAUGUCUCAACAAAACGAAACCAUUGUUGUUACCGCUAUGAUUCAGUAUGGAUUAGAUAUGCAGGCAACCGGAUGGCAGAGAUUAGAGACGGGAGGAAUAGGAAGAACAAUUGGAGUCCUUGAACUUGUUUUUCAAGAUUAA